GAGAAAGAAAGUUGAGUGAGAGCGCGGCUGUACUAGGGUUUUGAGUGCGGAACUGGGGGGGAGAGUUGGGUGGAGAAGGGCAAACCGAAGGGUCACCGCAGCAGCUCUGGAACCGGCGAGCCCGGUGGGGUUGGAGAAAGGCACAACGUCAGCGUUUAACAUGCAAAUAUAUUCCCCCCUCCUCCUCCGCGACAGCCUCCUCCUCUUGUAGUUCCCCCUCCCCUGCCCUGGGAGUGAGGAGGGAGCCCGAGUCUCAGCUGCCUUCAGCUGGCUCCGCAGCUCCGCAUCCACCCACGCCUCCUGGGAGUCGCGGCGGCAGCGGGCAGCUCUACAUAAACACUGAGCAGGCGGCCGCUGCCCGGGACUCUCCCGCAGCCACAGGGAGAGGUGGUGCGCUGGAGUCGCAGCGCGCAGCCCACGCCUGGGCGCACUAGCCGCGCGCUCUCCUUUACCUUCGGGGCCAUCUCUUUGGCGAGCUGGGGCAUCAGCAGCAAGUCCAGCUGUCUCUGGAAGGUGACUGCCGGAGGCUCUCCCGGGUGCCUCCUCGUCUUCUCUUGUCUUCUGUCUCUUCUUCUUUCUCUUCCUCCUCCUCCAUCCCCAUCUCACCCGCGUCUUUUAGAUGGCUCUGGCGGACAGCACACGUGGAUUACCCAAUGGGGGCGGCGGCGGUGGGGGCGGCAGCGGCUCCUCGUCGUCUUCAGCCGAGCCGCCUCUGUUUCCCGAGAUCGUGGAACUGAACGUGGGGGGCCAGGUCUAUGUGACCCGGCGCUGCACCGUGGUGUCCGUGCCGGACUCGCUGCUCUGGCGUAUGUUCUCGCAGCAGCAGCCGCAGGAGUUGGCCCGCGACAGCAAAGGUCGCUUCUUUCUGGACCGGGACGGCUUUCUUUUCCGCUACAUCUUGGAUUACUUGCGGGACUUGCAGCUCGUGCUGCCCGAUUACUUCCCCGAGCGCAGCCGGUUGCAGCGGGAGGCUGAGUACUUCCAGCUUCCCGAGCUCGUGCGCCGCCUCGGGGCUCCCCAGCAGCCCGGGCCGGGCCCACCGCCGCCCCAUUCUCGCCGUGGGGUAUACAAAGAGGGCUCCGUGGGGGGCGGAGGCGACGAGCUGCUGCCCCUGGGCUACGUGGACCCGGAGCAGCAAGAGGGCGCCUCGGCAGGGGCGCCCUCACCCACACUGGACAUAGCUAGCCGCAGCCCGUCUGGGGGCGCCGGGGGCCCGCUGCUCACCCCGUCCCAGUCCCUGGACGGCAGCCGGCGUUCGGGCUACAUCACCAUCGGCUACCGGGGCUCCUACACCAUCGGGCGGGACGCGCAGGCGGACGCAAAGUUCCGGCGGGUGGCGAGGAUCACAGUGUGUGGCAAGACAUCGCUGGCCAAGGAGGUGUUCGGGGAGACCCUGAACGAGAGCCGAGACCCCGACCGGCCUCCGGAGCGCUACACCUCUCGCUACUACCUCAAGUUCAACUUUCUGGAGCAGGCUUUCGACAAGCUUUCCGAGUCCGGCUUCCACAUGGUGGCCUGCAGCUCCACGGGCACCUGCGCCUUUGCCAGCAGCACGGACCAGAGCGAGGACAAGAUCUGGACCAGCUACACCGAGUACGUCUUCUGCCGGGAGUGAACCAUUUGGACAUUCCCCCCCCCCCUUAGCUUCCCCCCCCCCACCAUGCAUCUACGAGGGAUAUUAUUUUAUCCCACUAGGUUUUAUCUGCACCUCCACAACCCUCCUUUACUCCUCAGAGACACCUUCUGUUAGGACUAUUAUAGAUAGCCCAUCUUAUCCUUCAACUUAGUCCCAGCCUUGGAAUUUGAAGUUCGAUCCCUUUCCUCUUGCUGAUCUUUUAACCUCGGAUCAUGGCUUCUAUCGAGAAGGGUUGAGAGGUGCAUUUCUCUCCUUCUGCUUGGCUGUCAGACUGCUCUGCUCAGUCCCACUCCGACUCCCAUUCCCUCCCCCAUCUUCUUUCCAGCCUCUCUUAAACCUGGAUCAAGAGAGACGAGGUUGUCACAAAAAAGAAAAUAACAAACAACAACAAAACCUACCGCACCAAAUACUUUGGACUUGACAACAAACGCCUGGAACUGUUCAAACUCGGAUGGGAAAGUAUCCAGGGUGUUGGAGAAAGUAACAUUCCUUGAAAUCUUCUCAAGUGCUUGUGACCCAUAGGUGGUCGAAAGGGUUCAAAAUUGGUAACUUUAAAGUCUGAGGAAAGUUGAUAAUUUAAAAAGUUGAUAGUAUAGCCUUUUUUUGACUUUUAAUGAUAGAUUUUAACUGGAUGCAAAGGCUAUUAUAGACUGGGAGCAAGAGAGGCAAUUCUGGAAUUUGGGACACUUUGGAUACAAUUGAAUUAUUCUAAAUGCAUAAAGUCUUUAAAAAUGUUAAAGGUUAAAGUAAGAAAAGAACAACUGGCUACAUUUUUCAGUUCUUUCCAUUUUCACGUAGAAUAGACUUUGCAAGCUACUUAGACUUGCAGAAAGGGAGCUAGUUGACUGCUCUGCUUCCUGGGGCUGACUUCCCUGGCCCAUCACCAAGAGCACUUUGCUCUACUUUAGUUGACAUGGCAGCCAUUAUUGGCAACAGGGAGAAAUAUUGCUGCCACACAAGACAAUAAGUAAGCCCAAGUCUGCAGCAUUGCAUGAAUUGACAAUGAGUUUAAAAACGGUAAGAUAGACAGUAUUUUCAGUGGAAGAGCCAUUGAUAUGAAAAAAGCACCAGGUGUGGGUAGAUGGGUUUCCUUUUCUUCCAGCGAAGGAGAUUUGGUCCUUGCUUAGCUCUGACUAGCAAGUACUUUAGAAUUAGGGAGAAGAGGCACUUGGUUUGAAAUCUGAAUAUUUUCACCAUCCAUUUAAGUACAUGCAUGAUUUUGAUGCCAAACAGUUCAGGAAAGCACACACUCAGCAAUUCAUAAAGAUGUUAAUAACACACAGUAAAACAACAGUUACUGAAAAAACAGCUUAUUAAGUUCACCAUUCUGAUUUCUAACUUAGAGUUUACUAGUACUUAUAUUACCUAACCAAAGAACUACCCAGUAGGGUUUUAGUCUUUAAACUUUAUUUCCUCAUUCUGGAGAGGAAUUCUAACCGACAAUUUUAAAAAAAUCCUCUUUUACUUGAGUAGAAUAUGUUUAAUUUUGGUUACACAUAGAUUUAAGACAAAUUAUUAUUAUUUUCCAAAAGCCAAAUGCUUGUCUGACUGCUGAGUAAACCUGAAAACAGUAUUUCUGCGUUGUUCUCUCCUGGAAUUUGUUAGAAGAAAGGUGGAAUCAACCCAGGUGAUUCAUUUGCAGAGAAAUCUAAGCACCAAAUGCUGUCCAGUUGCAGAGAGUUGUAAAAUGGAGUAUUUUUAAAAGAAGGAAAAUAAAUGCUUAAAAGUUUGUGGAGCAAUAAAAUGGUAACUUGAGGCUAGUGCAACAGAAUACAGAAUGAGACCUGGUUGCCUUAUGCCUUUACUCUAAAAUGAAAUAAAUCCCCUUUUGCAUAACCUAUCUUUAUCAUAAGUGAAAGGAAACUGAUCCUAGCUCCUGAGUGUGUAAGAUGUCAUUCUCUGGAGAUUUCCUGGCCUACAAGUCUUUCUAUUUUUUUGUUUCUUUCACUACUUUUCUCAGAAGUAUCUUUUGAAAAGAUUUUGUAAGAAGCAAUUUUCAAGAAAAGUGCUUUUUUCUUUAUUUCUUUUUUAAAAAAAAUGAACCUUGUACUGUAUCUUAUUAUGCCCAUUAACAGAAUUAAGGAUGGAAACAAGUUUAAUCUUAGAUGACUUAUGACCCAAUGUAUAUAUAUAGAGUAUGUGAACGUUUUACAUUGAUCUUUUAGUUUUAAAAUUCAUUACUAAUACUAUUAAAUGUCAUAAAUUAGCCUAAUCCCUUGUGUCAAGUGCUGUACAUACUAAAGCAACAUGUUCUGAUCAGUUUCCUUAUUCCCAUUUCUAUGAAGGAAUUGAAUAUAAAAGAAAUACAGUUGUACAAUUGGGUUUGGUCCACUAUUACUUGCUUGAAUCUUAGUUUUCACCAAAUUUCUCUUGAUUUGAUGCCAUUUUAAAAUUAAGGUACCUGUAUUUUUAAUCUGCUACCUUUUUCUUUUUCAGUAGGGAUGGUAAGGGUUUUCUGUUCCAAUGCCUGCCCAGCAACAGGUUCCCCCCCCCAAAGUAAGAAUGUUUUUUAUGAAUCAUUGACUGACAUAAGAUGAUUGGAAUGAGUGAUAAUGUAAGGAAAAUCCAUUUCAUUUCUUUUAAUAUUUUAAAUACCAUCUCAGGCUUGGUAAUUAUUAAAAUGUUAAUCUCACUGUGGUCUGAAGUGAAUUAGUGUUGUUUGUUCAGUGUCUAGUGGCCAGAGGUGAACACAGCAAAAAAUUAGUAAGGCCAAAUGACAUUUAGUUAUUAGUUCAUUAGACAAGCAUACCUAGAACGUAAGUCUUAGAGAUUUAUAUCUGAAAGGGAAUUCAGAGGUCAUUGGGUCCAACUCCUUCAUUUUAUAGAUGAGGAAACAGGCCUAGAAAAGUGAAGUGAUUUGUGCAGAUCUUUUGACUCUAAAUUCAGUGUGUUUUCCAUUAUACUGACUCUUUCCUUUCUUAAAGGGAACCCCAAGAGACAUAUUUGGCAAUUAAAGGAAUUAAUGGUUCUUAAUGAUUGAAAGAUUCCGUGAUUCUUAUUUAUGUCCACAAACCCCUAAAAUUCCAUCCAAACCAUCCAGCAAACAUUUUCCAUAAGGACUAUAGGUUCUCAUUUCCCAAACUCAUGUGGCUAUCUACAAACCUUGUGAAUUUUUAAUCUAUUAAGUCUUUGGGUUGAGUCUUUUGUGAUGUUUGAUGUAUCCUUUAGUUGAAGAACUAGGGAUGUGAUAGUUAAGGAGAGUUUACUGUGCUUUUCUUAAAGAGAUGAAUCCCUUGCCCCUCAAGUUGGAGGUGAGAUGCCCUACAUCGGAGCAUAGCCUUUAGUGAAAGACUGGUAAUUUUCUGAUGAUUUAGACUGUGUUGAUAGUCUCAAUAGUUUUGGUAAAGAAGUCUACUUUGAGACCUGCAUUAUUUGCUUCCCAAACCCUCUAUUCAUUUUGAAUCAGGACCUUUAGCUGGGUCUCCACAGAUCAAAACAAAUUAAAGGUUGGCAAUUAUCUGAUAAAUAUUGACAGUGUAGAUAAUUAAUUUGGAUAAUUCAGGCCUUACAAAAACACUUAUGCCUGUACAACUUGGAAAAAAUUAUGGAGGGGAAGAGAGGCAGAGACACUGAUUAUCCAAGUAAUUUUGACUGUUAUAAUAUUGGUUCAGAUUAGAUGGAAACUAUCUAUGUUGAUCCACGUAUUCUUUGAUAUUUAGAAGCUCAACAGGAAACUAUCAACUCCUUAAUCAUUAGUUUCAUUUUAAAAUAAAAAGGUCAUGGUGGGCAUCUUGAGUCCACUAGUGGUUAAAAAAACAGGUACCAUUAUUAAUACUGUUUAAUCUCUUUUGAAACCAUAUGUUUGACAGGAUAUCUAUUUUUAUACAUGUAGAUUAUGAGCCAUAUUCAUCCUAGUUUUUAGACUGAAUGGUGUAGAAAACAAAUCCCUUGAGGAUGUUAGAGACCAAAUUAAAUCUUUUUUUUCAAUACUAACUUUACUCUUGUGUUUUAUAUUGGGUUGUAUUUUGAUUAAAGUUUUGAAAAUCUA